ACCAUAAAAGCCAACGAAUACUCAAACCCGGAAACUCCUCCCUUCUCGUUCCAUCCCCAACGGUCGACCCAAUAACCCGCCAUGGCCGCCGCCGCCGCCCGCACCGGCCUCCCACCGGCGGAUCACGAUCCGCUCGAGGGGGCAGAAUCGGAGUCGGAGGAGGAGGUGGAGAGCGGCGAGGAGCGAGGCGAUGAUGGGUCGGAGGCUGAGACCCUCGCCGACCUCUACGGCCCCGACGCGGGGUCCGACAAGGACCCCUCCUUCGACCCCGCCGCCGACAAGCGGGCGGUGGGGGAGGCCGCGCUGUGGUCCAGGAUGGCCCGGCUGUCCAUCUCCGCGCGCAAGGGCAGGAAAGCACCCGUGGCGCUAGAGAUGGGAAAUGAGGAUAUUGAUCUUUUGGCGAUGGUGGACAAGCUGAUGCACGAUGGCCAGUUGGAGAAAUUGAAGGUUUAUGAAUGCAAAGCAUACCUGAGGAUUCACAAGUUGAGAUUGGGAGGCAAGAAAGAAGAGCUUCUAAAUCGUAUCAGGGAUCACAUUGAGGUUAAAUUGUUUGGAGAUGUGAAGUAUCCAGUGUCAAGCUUUGUUCUGAACUGUAAAGGUGAUGCAUGCAAAGGUGAUGUGGUGAUGUUUGAGCAAAAUAUUUACAGAAGGAAAAAGGGAGAUCCUCGUGGAAUCAAGGGUCGUCUAUGCGGUCAGAGGACAAAUGCUGGUAGAAUAAUCAAAGAAAGCUAUGGCACUGCAAAGCAACAGCAUACAUUCACUGUUGAGAUUUUCUGGAGUAAAGGGUACAAACCAUGGCCUCCCCUUCAUCCUCUCCUCAUAAAGGGAAGAAAUCUUUACAAGGAUAAGACCAUGAGACAGCCAUGGCCUGAUGAAAAGGAAAGAAGCAGAGUCCUGGAAGAAAAACAUGCAAGAGGGUUCCAGGCACGUAAGUCAAGGGAGGUCAGGAUUCAUGAGAAAGAGAUUGACAAGAUGAGGAGAUUUAAUAGGCUUAAAGACAACAAGAGCAAAGGGAAAGAGAACAUGAAUGAAAUAUCAUCUCAAACUGUUGUUCCACAACAGAAGGUUGUGUCCACGAAUCCUGUUGAUCAAAGAUUCAAUGAAGGGAGGAGUGAUUCCCUCCAACAAGGUGAACCUUGGAACGCAAGGCAGCAGCAGAUAUCUUCAAAACAAAAUCCUGCAGUUCAUUUGUUUCAUCAGCAGUUCCUCUAUCAGGGUCCUUCCGUCCAACAUGGCAAACCAGAGAAAACAAGGCAGCAGCAAAUACUGUCAAGGCCCACCACUUCAGAGCAAAUUUUCAAGCACCCAACGCAACACGACAAUCAUAGGCCUACUCCUGCACAGCAAAUGUUCAAGAACCCACAGGAACACAAUAAUCAUCAUCAGCAGCAAAAUAAAGUGCUUCCGCAGGAGGGUACAACAAAAACUGUCAGCAUACUUGGUCGGGCCCCUUGCCUUCAUUAUGGAGGACCAGGGAAUGCAGUUCAACAGCAGAAAUUAUCAAAGCCAACUCCUAUGGAGCAGAUCAGAAACCAGUCACAGCCCCUCAAACAUGAGCACCGCAAUUUAGUGCUUCCACAGGAGGAUGCAAAGAAGGGAACCAACAGAGUACAUUCCAUUGAUCACGGCAAGGCCCCUUGCCUUCAGUAUGCGGGACCAGGGAACGCAAUGCAGCAGCAAUCAGCAAGGCCAGCACUUCCACAGCAGAUAAAAAAUCCACCACAGUAUGCGGGACCAGGGAACGCAAUGCAGCAGCAAUCAUCAAGGCCAGCACUUCCACAGCAGAUCAAAAAUCCACCACAGCCCCCCAAACAUCAACACACUGAAGUGCUUCGGCAGGAGGAUGGAAAUAGAACUUACAGAGUAGAGCCCGUUGAUCGUCGGAAUAACAAUUACCAUAACACAACGUAUGACGAAUCAGCAUUCCAGGGUCGUGGGACUCAGCAUGCAAAGACACACCAGCAUGGCUCCAACGGCCAUCCACAUGCUCACGGUGAUAGCCAAUGGCAUCAACCUCUCAGGCCUAGAAUUCAGGAUUUCUCUUCAAGAAACCAAGAAGGGGAUUAUCGCGAUCAUAGGCAAACGACUCAAGAGCAGUACAAUCCUGAGGAGAGAUAUCAUCACAAUCAGUAUGGUCGCGGGCAAAUGAUUCAGGACCAGUAUCAGCCCCAAAAGAUCCAUCAUCAGAAUGGGCACGAUAGCUGGAGAAUGAACCACAACCAGUAUCAUCCCCAGGAGAACCAUCAUCAGAAUUACCGGCACGCCCAGCAGUUUCCAGCACUGAAGAUCUGCCGCUACUACCAACAAGGUUUGCGGUGCCCCUAUGAGGGAGACUGCAAGUUUUCUCAUGGCAGCUGAAGGGCAGCAGCACUUUGUGCAGUCACCUGAGAAUUUGAAGGUGACAACUCCCAUUUUGUCAGUCAACUUCUGUUGGCAAGCAAGGCUACACUUUUUUGCUUCUUUCUUUUGGUUUGUCACGCUCUUUAAUCAGAUGUUUUGGAUUGAUGGAUUAUAAUUUAUAAAAGGAUUUUGAUUCA